AUGCACAAAUUUCGGCAAAAGCGCCUUGCGGCCAGCGUCCUCGGAUGCGGCGAGCGCAAGAUCUGGCUCGACCCCAAUGAGGUCAGCGAGAUCUCCAACGCCAACUCCCGCCAGACCAUCCGCAAGCUCGUCACCGAUGGCCUCAUCAUCCGAAAGCCCGUCACCAUGCACUCCAGAUCCCGUGCCCGCGAGCUGAACCUUGCACGAAGAAUUGGCCGUCACCGAGGCUUCGGAAAGCGAAAGGGUACCGCUGAUGCCCGUAUGCCUUCUCAGGUUCUGUGGAUGCGCCGCCAACGCGUCCUCCGCCGUCUGUUGGUCAAGUACCGUGCCAGCGGCAAGAUCGACAAGCACCUUUACCACGAGCUGUACCACCUCGCCAAGGGUAACACCUUCAAGCACAAGCGCGGUCUCGUUGAGCACAUCCACCGCGCCAAGGCCGAGAAGCAACGUGAGAGACUGCUCAAGGAGGAGAUGGACGCCAAGCGUGCGAAGACCAAGGCUGCCCGCGAGAGGAAGGUGGAGAGACAGACGGCGAAGCGCAAUGCUCUGAUGGGCGAUCUUGAGGAGGAGACCAAAUAA